AUGGGGUACCGGGAAUCACCUCGUGGGGAGGCGGCUGGCACCCUCAACGCCUCGAUCCAUGGCCGAGCAGAACAGCCACAGCGAGGAGCCAGCGCCUCCAUGGGACAACGUGGAUUCUGCCAUGGCAGCUGCAACCCCUGCCUGAACGCCAGCACCCAGGAUCUCAGCUCCAUACCUCAUCAGCAUGAGGCUGCUCAGGUGAAUGCUCAGCGCCAUUCCCAGGAUGACCAACGUUGCUCUGGAAACUGUAGCCUUCUGGAAGAAAGAUAUGUCAUCCAGGAACUGGAUGAAAACUGUUACUGUUAUGUGCAACACAGAACCAUGCACCUACAAUAUGUGUGGUCAACUGUUCAGAUAAAAAUUAACAGCACAGAAAAAUUCAAGUUUGUGCCUAUUUCAGACAAAGUCAACUGUCGUAGUUCAGAAACAGUUUUUGAGUUUGCUGCAUGUGCCAUUCAAAUCUUUCGGCAACCAGAGACAUCUACAGAAACGUUCAUAAACAUAAAACAAUAUGGAGAGGAUAUUUGUUUCAAAAUACAGCCCUUCAAGACAGAACCAUACAUGGUGAGCGUAAAACAGAAAAUGCUAGAUGGAAAGAUCUUGUUUUUGUUUGUAGCUGGAAUUUUUCUGUUCCAUUUUGCAAACAGUCUUAGCAGAAGCCCCAGGUUCUUUUACCUUUCUGGAAUAGUACUGGGUGUUCUUGCUCUGCUAGUUUUUCUCCUGUUGACGCUUAAAAGAUUUAUUCCAAGGCAAAGUACCUUUUGGAUUUUAAUGAGUGGCUGCUGGAUGUCCUCACUGUAUUUGCUUUACUGUUUUAAAGAGAAUAUGCAGUGGUUGUGGUCUGAACACAGAAACUACCUGUUGGGGUAUUUUUUGACCGUUGGAAGUAUAAGCUUUGCCACGUGCUAUCAGCAUGGACCACUUACCAGUGAAGUAAGCAUAACCUUCUUCACAUGGACACUACAAUUAACAGCCUUUGCUUUCAUCUACUGUGGUGUCACCAUACCUCAAGUUGCAUAUACAAUCAUAGCAGUGAGCCUCUGUUCAAAAGGCUUCUGUUAUCCCCUCGGUGCUGCUUGUCACAUUGGCAGAAAAGUGAAGAACUACUAUAAAUCAAAACAGUUAGUGAUUAGAUGGCUUACUGAAGAAGAAUAUAGAGAACAAAGUGAAACAGAAACGGUCAGAGCUCUGGAGGAGCUACGUUCCUUCUGCAGGAACCCUGACUUCCCAUCAUGGCUAGCAGUAUCCAAACUCCAGUCCCCUCACAGGUUUGCGGAUUUUGUCCUGGGAUCUCCUCAUGUCUCACCUGCAGAAACAAAGGCACAUGAGGAAGAAUAUGGCAUUGGAAGCAACUUCCUGGAGCAGCAGCUCUUUGACGGAAGGGCAGAAUCAGAGUGGGGUGAGGCAGCCAACCCCAUCUAUGAUGAAGGAGAUGCUGAGGAUGAAAACGAACAAAUUCCAUUUCCAUAUGGUACUGAGUUCUGA